AUGAAUCCAGUAUUCGGGAUCCAUGUGGGAAACACCAGCGUCUGUUUGGCUAUUUGUAAGGUUAAGUUUCACGUUGACAUAGUGGCAGGUACUGACGGAGAGAGAGUUAUGCCUGCCAUUGUUACGGUUACCGAAAAAGAAAUGGUCGUAGGUUCUGUCUGCAAAUCACUAAUUGCCUCAAGUUGGAAAACUACAGUCAUGUGCAAUAAAAUGAUGGUCAACUCAAAUGAACCUUAUGCUGUCGGUGACAGAAAACACAAUGUUACCAUUGUAUUUAAGAAAAAUGAACUUCACUAUUGUCUUCCCCUGAAGAAAAAAACUGAGUUGUUGACACCAAAAGAUAUCUACACCUGCAUCUACAAGUCUUUAUACGAGGCCUUGGUCGGGACAGAGCGGUUGGAGGAGAAUCCAACCUUGCCUCUCACCCCGCUCCGGUCGAUCCUUCAACCCUUCAGCAGGGCGAGCAGUCGACAGCACAAGGCGAGGCGACACGAGAUAGACAAUCUGUCUCCUCGCACAAGGGAAGGGUCCGUGCCAAUUGCCAAGAACACAGUGCCAGGGGUAAAGGGGAAAUUAUCAUGUGUGCUGAUGUUCCCUAAACACUUCUCAGAGGCUGCCAAGUUGAAAAUGAAGAUAGCCGCGAAGGCCGCAUACUGGAAUGUGUUACAGAUUAUCCACGAACCUAGCGCUGUGAUCCUUGGAUACAAUCUUCUCUCAGGAAAGAAGCCACUGCCUUCACAGAUAGUGUUGGUAUACCGAGCAGGUGGACAAACCUGUGACGCUUCUGUCAUCGAUUUGGCCUAUGGUUUAAUUACAUUACUGGAUACAGAACAUUCAAAAGCUGUUGGUGGUCGAGUUCUCAUCUCUACCCUGACCAAGUAUCUAGCCAAUGAUUUUUACAGAAUAUACGGAAUAGACCCCCAGAAAAACCAUCGAUCAAUGACGAAACUGACCUUAGCAGCAGAAGAGUUCCUGCGUCUAUUAUCCAGUGAAGAAAAUGCCACUUUCUUUUUGGAGAGUCUCUGUGAGGGUGUGGACUUCUGCCACGUAAUGUCAAGGGCCAGGUUGGAGUCACUGUUGCACCCAUUCUUGCCUACAUUUGCUGAACCACUGCACACUGUAUUGACCAGACUUAAAAUGACUCCUGAUAGUGUGUCCACGCUUUUACUGUGUGGAGGACUAUUAAAAAUUCCUAGACUGAGGAAAUUCAUCUCAGACAUAUUCAAAGAGUCCUGCGUCAAUAUUGUGUAUCUACCUAAAGGUGUGAACUAUGAUGAGAUAAUGGCAUGUGGAGCUGCAAGGCAAGGAGGAUACAAUGUUCUAUUCAAACGUCAGAAUCAUGGUGUUGCGGGUUCCAGCAACAAGGUGGUUCAUUCAAGUCUUCCAAGUGAAGUACCUAUUCCAAUUUUGAGCUCUUCUCUCACCAUUUGGGUAGAAGGAGCUGUAUCUGAGAGCAUCGAGUUGAUGUCGGGCCAUCCCCUGCCAUUUCAGAGAACCUUGGUACUGACCUCCUGUGACGAGUUAGUCACCAUUACCGCAAUCCAAAUGGAAUGUGACCAAAUUAUGCUCAGAGGACAGGGGAUGGUCUGCAAGACCUCAAAAGGAAAUCCCAAAUGA